GCCCCCUGAGCAUUGAAUGCCUGGAGAUUUGUGUAAAUAAUUCAAACAACUCUCAAAUCUACAAAGUAAAUACGGCAAGCAAGCCGGCGAACAUGAACGUGCGAUACAUCAAGAAUCCCUAUCCGGACUUUCCGACAGUUGGCGCCAACGGUGUGGCCUUCGCCCUGGAUGAGGAGCGCAUCAGGGACCUCAUCUCCGCGUACGUGAAGAGCAUCCUGGAGCAGUGCAAGCCCCGGACUGAGGAGCGCGGCGACUUGUAUGUGGGCAAUGCCGGCAUUGCGUACAUGUUCUGGAAGCUGCAGCGCAGCGAGCACACCCGCUCGCUGUGCCCCACCGCCUUGCAGCAUGCGGCGCACUUCAUCGCCAAGGCCAGGGGCAAUGCCGAGCGCCUGGCCAGACGCACAUCGCUGCAGAGCUACUCGUUUGUGUGCGGCACUGCCGGCAUCCAUGCCGUGUCCGCCGCCAUCGCUGCGGCCAGCAACGAGCCCAAGCAGCUGGCCAAGGAUUUGGCCAGCUUCAAGGCGGCUGCGACGGCGGCGGCGUCUCUGGCUGCGGGCAGCGGCUGCGACGAGUUGCUGGUGGGACGCGCCGGCUAUCUGGCCGGCUGCUACUGGCUGAACGACAUUCUGCCCGCGGACCAGAGGCCGAUCCCCGACGAGGCGCUGAUCGCCAUUUGUCAGAGCAUCUUGGCCAGCGGUCGCGCGUACAGCACGCAGAACCAUUCCCCGAUGCCGCUGAUGUACCAGUACCAUGGCACCGAGUAUCUGGGCGCGGCCCAUGGCCUGUGUGGCAUACUGCAGAUGCUGCUGGCGAGUCCCUGGUUUCGCAAGGACCAAGGCAAGGACGCCAAAGUCUCGCUGUUUGGCCUCGGCACGCCCGCGGAUGUGCUGCACGAUGUGAAGCGCACCGUUGACUGUUUUCUGACGCUGCAGGAUGCCGAGGGCAACUUCCCCGUGGCGUUGGAGGAUGGCGGCGAGCAGCGGCUGGUGCACUGGUGCCAUGGUGCGCCCGGCAUCGUCUAUCUGCUGGCCAAGGCCUACCUGUUGUUCCAGGAGCCACGCUACCUGUUGGCCCUGCGCCGCUCCGCCGAUUUUGUGUGGCGUCGCGGCGUCCUGCGCAAGGGCCCCGGCCUGUGUCACGGCGUCGCCGGCAAUGGCUAUGUGUUUCUGCUGCUCUUCCGUUUGACCCACGACAUGAUGUACCUGUACCGGGCCCACAAGUUCAUGGAGCUGCUGGACAGCGACGAGUUCAGGCAGCAGGCACGCGUCCCGGACAGACCGCACAGCCUGUACGAGGGUGUGGCGGGCACGGUGUGCUUCCUGGCCGAUCUACUCGAGCCGGAGCAGGCACAUUUUCCCUUUAUGGAUGUGUUUUAUUAGCAGGAAGAAGACCCCAUCAACACUGCACAUUAUUCAGGCUUAAAGUUAGCUCUUCUACGCGCUCUUUCAGGCCUAAAGUUAGCUCUCCUACGCGCUCUUUCAGGCUCAAAGUUAGAUCUCCUACGCGCCCUGCUUUAUGCCUCAAAAUUCCCUGAAAUCUGCCACUUCAGGCAGCUCCAAAAAAUACACAAAACACAGCAUUAAAGGCAGUUC